AUGUCGAACCAGAAACCAAUCCCCGGCCGCCGGUCUGCCGGAAAGCAUAACAGCGGGCUGCAGCCCGAGCUGGACCAGAAGGACGCAUUGAUCAAGUCCCUUCAAGACGAAAUAGCGGUCAAGGACGAUACCAUCGCCCAGCAGAUAGUUUCGCUGUCCGUGAAAAGCGAACAAGUCAAGGAGACCGCAGCCAAUCUGAGAAGCACGAUAAAGACUCUCAGCAGUGUCGAAAACGCGGCCGAUAACAUCGCUGGACAAGCCAUCACCGACACGUUACGAGCGACCCACGCCUCGCUCACAUCCGCGGCGGAGGCCUUGCAGCAGAGCAUCACGACCCUAGACGCCCGGCUUCAGACAUCGAAAGCAGAACAUGAGAACCAGCUGGCCGAGAUGCGGCAGGCCCACCAAGAUGUACUCGACCUGUUUCGCACGGAUAAUCAGCAGCGACGGGAGGCGCACUUAGAUCUACUUGCAGCAGUCAGUGAUGGUCUCAAGGCAGGCAUGUCACCCUUGGCAGAGAGGGAAGAAUUCCUGGCGAAGUUGAUGAAGACGAUGAACCUGUACGAAGAGGCGCUGCUCAUGUGA